AUGGCGCGCGGGGGCGUCCCUCCGCCGAGCGGCGCCGGCCCGCCGCGCGUGGCCGAGCGGCGCGGGGCGUGGCGGGCGGCGGCGGGCCGCCGGGCGCUGGGCUGGUGCUGCCUGCUGGGCCUGCUGCGCUGCGGGAGCGGCUGGUCCAGGAGCGUGUGGCGGGGCCCCUCGUUCUGCGGGCAGCCCGCGGCCGACCACCUCCGCCCGCGGGCGGGCAGGCCCGCGGCGAGGCAGCCACACGUCGCGAUGGGAGCGAAGAAGUUCUACAGGGCGCUGACCAAGAUCAAGGUGCGCAUAGCUCCCGACGUCUCCAGCCCCUCGCUCGCGGACAGCGACAGCAACAAGCUCCGCAGCGGCGAGUGGGUCGGCGCCAUGGACGAGGGCAAGGUCUUCGAGGUCUCCGAGGAGCGUGCCGGCCUCGCGGGCCAGGUCUUCCUCAAGCUGGCCAACCAGGAGGGUUGGGUCUUCACCAGGGGCGUCGCCGGGAGGUGGAGCGGACAGGAGGUCGCCCUGCAGGUGCGCGAGGGCCUGGAGCGGGACGCCGAGGCGGAGGCGUUCGUGCAGGGCGUGGAGCGCCAGACCUUCCGCAACGACACUGAGAUUGGCCUCUUCGCCCUCGGGAUGGCUAUACUUGUCACAUGGAUCGUCGGCACAGUCGUCAUCGAGCUCAACUCGUCAGACUGA